AUGUCUGAUGCUCCGCGACCGACGCUCAAGCUCAAAUUUGGGAAGAAGCCGACAACUGAACCACCGGCCAACCCUCCGCCCACGCCAGCUGGACCAUCUCAACCAAAAAUCACCCUGAAGAUCGGCUCCAAACCCAGACCUCCACUCCCAGGGACCGAAGAAAAGCCGAAAAAAAAGAAGACUACAAAGAAACGGCCUGCCGAAAAUGGCGCCCAGCCAGAACCCGUUGCUGAGCAAGGUCCAAAGCGCCUCAAGUUGAAUCCCUCUAAAAAGCCUGGCCUACAGGCUAUUCGCCUUAAGAACCAACGAGUGGUAGCUCAUCGACCGGUUGGUGUGGGUUACGACUCGGAGGCAUCAGACACGGAAGCCGAUCCCGCCAUUGAAGAACAAUUCAUUUUACGAAUGGCACCAGGGGAGGACUGUGAAUAUCUUCGCAAGGCCAUCGCCGAGCGAUCAUUCGAUAAAUCAGAAUUUUCAUUCAAACCCUUAAAUCGUGAGGGGCGACGCGCAGUCUUGAAAGUUCGUGACCAAAUGUAUGCUGCGUCUUUGGUGGACCUUCCCUGCAUUAUCGAGGGAAUGAAAAGCUGGGAUCGUCGGGGCUGGUAUAAAUCAGCCGAUAUUUGUCAAAUGUUGUUGGUCCUUGGACCUGUGUCUGGUGAUCAAGAAGCGCUGGACUAUCCUCUUCCUGAUGACAUUGAAUAUCCAGAUGACAAGACACUACACUACCCUCACGGUCUAGCACCACCAUUGCGAUGGGUUCGCAAACGCCGCUUCCGAGAUCGCGUGAGCUCGCGCACAAUCGAACAAGUGGAAAAGUCAGUUGAAGAUCUCGUCGCCCAGGAUGAGACCUCCGUCUUCCCACCGCGAUUUGAACUGGUCGACAGCGCGUCUCUGAAUCGCGCUGAAGGAUAUGUGCAAGAUGAAGAAUACGAUGAUUACUACGAUGAAGAUCAGGAUGCCGAAGGCGAGGUGGACGAUGACAUGGGUGCCGACUUCGACGAGGACCUCCUUGCCGCUGAGAUGGAAGCGGCCUUAGCUGCUGACGAUAACGAUGUCUCCGCCAUGCCCACAGAUGCCGAGCAGGCAGAGACUCCGUCGGCCAACCCAGCUACAGCACCCGAUGGACCAGGCGGUCGAGAAACAUCGGUUGAAGAUAGUGACGACUCGGACGAGGAUGACCUGGAUGAUGAGCAGCUAGAGCAGCAACGACAACUACAACAAUCGCGCGAAGAGAUUGCUGAGCUGGAAGAUCUAAUUCGCACCGAAACCCGACAAUGGGAGAGUCUGCAGAACCCGAUUCUACGAAAUAAGAUGAGCCGGCGUAUCACAGAGCUCAAGAAGGAUCUGUCACUGAAGAAGGUCUCGGCUGGACUAGGGGACGACACGGAUAUUUGA